GGAGUAUACAGGUACACGAGACCCCCGCUUUGGGUACCCCUUCUUACUCGUGUACCUCGCUGCUCUCAAGUAUAUACCUAUAUAUAUGUUAUACUUGCUCGUGUAUAGUUAUGUUGUUUCGUUAUACUUAUUUCUCGCAUUCAUCAUUUUUAAAUGUGCUGAUAAAUUAUAAAUACGAUUUUGAUUAGUCAUUAGUUCGUUUGAAUUAUUAAAAGAGUUUACUUGGUACUUGUGUUAUCGCGCGGGCGCGAUUUAAUGAAUUAAAUAUGUGCUGAGGAAGUUAAAGCAUCCGUACCGCGCGUUCUAGAUGAUUUUGAUCAUUUUACCGAGUACUGUAUACCUGUAGAAAUUCCUCUCUUGCUCCUACUUUGUUACUACUCAUACUGUGGUUUUAAAACGUGUAGUGAUCGAGAUCGAACGCAAUAUACCUAGCUUUUUACUUCAAUUCAUGGUAUUUAAUAACUCUCAGCCAUAUUGAAGAUCAUUAUUUAUCAACGACAGUUUUUCAAAUUGUAUAAAAAUAUUUAAAUUAUUUUAUUUGGUGAUUAAAAUAUUAACAAGUGUGUAAAAGACAGUGGUUGAGAUGAUAAAUGACAGAAUAAACGGGGCAAAGUGAAUGAAUUUAAACAGAAAUGGAACGAGUGAUACUUUACACCUGAUUUAAGGCCACCAUGUCAAACAAAACAAAAUCCCAGCAGACACAGCAUCAAGAGAAGCAAGUACAGCAACCGCAGCAGCAUCAGCAACAGCAGACACAACAGCAGCAACAACACCAAGUCCAACAGCAGCAGCAGCAUCAGCUGCAUCAACAUCAGCAUCAGCAUCAUCUUUUGAAACAGCAGCAAUCAGCCGGGCAGCUUCCGCCUCAGUACCAGCCUCCCCCUCAGCCUACAAUUGGUAUCCUCAAGAAUUCGACAGGUAUCGGCGGCAACCCAAAUGCCCUUUUGAACAGCUACCCCCAGUCACAGCCAUCCCAGCGUGUGACCAACAUUAAAGAUGCACAAGCUAAGUAUCUUCCUAAAUUAGAUAGUCUUGGUACCCAGUCCAUGGUUAUUGGAUCAGCUUCAAAUAAACCCGCCUCCCACUCUUAUUAUCCCUCAAAAAUAUCUCCGGGUCAAUUUUUACCCUCAAGUAGCAGCAGCAGCAGUAGUUAUCCUGGUGGUAAUAUUAUUAUUCCUAAUACAACUAAACAGAGAAUAACCGACGAAGAAUUUAUGCGACUAAGUCCUGUGGAAAUGCUAAAGUUUGUCAGAAAAACAGAGAGUGAUCUUGCCAGAAUAGUUACGGAGCAAAAUCGCCAGAUACAAAACUUGCUCGGUGAGUUGCGGUCAUUGAAAGAAGCUAACCAACGACUGAGUGACGAUAAUCAAGAACUGAGAGACCUUUGCUGUUUUCUUGACGACGAUCGUCAGAAGGGACGGAAGCUAGCUCGCGAAUGGCAGAGAUUUGGUAGAUACACUGCCAGUGUAAUGAGACAAGAAGUCUCGGCUUAUCAAAAUAAAUUGAGACAGCUCGAUAAUAAGCAGCAGGAGUUGAUAAAAGAUAAUCUUGAAUUAAAAGAGCUUUGCUUGUAUCUGGACGAAGAGAGAGGUAGCGGUGGCGCCCAAAGGGACGACGGCGAUGGGUCCAGCUCGAGCACGAAUGCCGAAGAAACAGCUGCGGUCCCUCCACCACCUCCCGCUCCACCACGACAAGUUCGACAUACUUCAUUUUUUAACGAUGAAACAAUGCAAUACGUUCGGAGUCUUGAGCAACGAGUAAAACAACUUGAGGAAGACAAAAGUAUGUUGCAAGCGAGGGCCCAAACUUGGGAGGCUGAGAAUCGGGAUUCUCGCUGGGAGCAAAAUACCGACACUGACAAUCCUCAUAAUUUACAUGGCGGAAGUGGACGUCCCGAGGCUGUUGUGCAAGCACUUCAAGUUCUUGAAGUACGAGAGCAAUUAGAAAGAGACGCUGGCCAUAACCCUACUGAAAAAGCCCUUGUACGAGAGAUGUGUAAUGUUGUAUGGCGGAAACUUGAAGAAAGUCCACACAUGAGACGUUAAUUUGUUGUACGCGUUGUUAAAUUAUCUCUGCACUUAGCACUUGUUACUAAAUAAUUAUAUAUUAUAAUAUUUAUAAGUAUAUAGCUCAAUUUACAAUAUAAUGAAGAGAUAUUAUUAGGCCACACUAGUAAACUAGAAUUAGUAUGAAAAAU